UUGAUUGUGUUUGCAAAAAAAAAACAACAAAACGAUAUGAACAGAGAUUAUAAGUAAACAAUUGAAAAUAAAUUAACUUUUGACGUUACACACUCGUAUUGAAUAAUCUUCCUGAAUAAUUUUGUGCCGAAAAUUCCAUAGGAAUAACUGCUCUAAUCUAAGAACCUCAAACACACAUCCAUGUCUCCUAGAAAAUCUCGCACAGCUGCGAUUCAAGCCAGCAAAGCACUACAAUCGAGUAAAAAACAACCUACUCCAACCAGAGCUAAAAAGAAACCCGAACCAAAGAAAAAACAAACGGAAAAGUCUCCCAAAGCGCUAAAAAAUAAAAAGAAAACAGAACCUGCUGUGGUCACCAAAUCCAACACAUCGAAACAGACAACCAGCGAAAACACGCCGGAAAAUGAUUCUCCAACGAAAUCUAACAUCAAGAGGAGAAAAGUAAUCCAUCAAGAUCGUUUGUUGAAUGUAAUCAAUCAAAUUGGCGGUACUGUAGGUGAAAUCGGUGUUACCGUAGAAAAAGAUGGAAACAAUACAAGCGAACUCGACCAAAACGCGACAGAAACCGAAACAACCGAAAUGGAAGAAAUACCAUUGAGUGAAGCUGUACAAAACCAGGUUGACGAAGAAAACAGAACUGACACCGAAGUCAGCGAACAGCGUACCAUUUACUCUUGCAAAUUCUGCAACAAAGAUUUCUCAUCAGCGUUCGUAUUAUUUUUACAUAUUCGUAUACACGAGAAAGUAGGCAGCAUAACAGAACCUGCCGCAGAAGCCGAACCUGCACAACCUGCUGAGCAAGAAGAGUACGACAGCGAAGAAGACUCCGACGACGAACCUCAAAUAAAAGAAGAAGUAAUCGAAGAGAUCACUAUUCCCGAUGCGGACGAUGAAGACGAAGCUCAAACCGAAGUUGAUCCGUUGCAAGUCAACGAUCCACCGAAAACCGAAUUCGUCGGUAUUAUAAAUAAGAAUUUUGUCGAAAAUUUAAAGAAAAAUUUAUCUUUGGCGAUGAAUAGGCAAAUCAAUUGAUACUAUCGUCUUCCUUUUUAUGUGUUCGUAGUUUAAUUAACAUUUUUUUGUAAAUAUUUAUCCUCGAUUCCUCCGCUAUCUCGUCGUUAGCAUGAUUUUUUAAUCACGCGAAAGUAUCUAAAAGCCUAUAGCAAUGGAUACUCCAUAAAUCAGCCUAGCUGAGUAUAAAUAAGUAGGUUUAAUUAGUUAAUUAUGACGUUGAUUUCGACGAAUUUUGUAAAUCGGUUUUGACAAAUGGUCAGAUCUUUAUAACAGGGUAUUUUUUUUAGUAACUCUUAUGUGAUGUGUACUUUCUGUCUUGUAUAUUAUUUUUAUUUAUUACACGAAUCGUUACGAUCGUGUGACGCGAGUUGUAAAUGCAAAGUAUACCGUAAAUUGCACUAUA